AUGGAGUCCGGGCAGCAGCCUCCGAAGGAAAGGCCGGCGGAAAGCAUAGAAUUCCGGUUCCAGAGGAGAUCUGUAAGAGAGGAGUACAAGGCCCUUGCUAAGCGUAUCAUCGCAAGGAGGCUGGAAGAGAGGCUGAUCAACGAUUACGCCGAACUUCAGGCCACCCUGAGGAAGGUUGUCAACAGCCUCGCCUACCUGUCGCUGACAUGGUCCACCGUUGUCCUCUUAGGUGGCUUCGUCUCCGUGCUCAAGCUCAUCGACUUUUGGUUUCUCACCGCCAUUAGUACCUCAUUUGCACUCAAUCUAGCAGAUUUGUACGAGUGCAACUAUGCUUUCCCGUACGCGGCUCUCAAUGUCUACAUUGGAGUACGCUAUGCUCAGGAGAAACGAUUUCCGUCUUUGAGCCGUGGUGGAUGUGCUCGAGCUGUUGCUUGGUUCCUUGGUGAAGCUUGCCUCGGGGUACUAAUAGUUGCAGCUUCUGUCGUGAUGCAAAUCCUUGCGGUUUCGCCGCUGCUUGCCCUAGUUCUGUCGUUGGUCAGGCUAGUGGUACACAGCUAUGGCAAUGCCGGCGGGGAUGCCGCCAAUGCAGCCAAGCUCAGGGCAUCCCUGCAGAUCUUCUACUCUCUUGCUCUGGCGCAGAACACCCUCUUCGGCCUCUGGAGCGUGUUUAAACUCAGUGAGGCAUUUAGAGCUGGGAUUGUGAGAAGGCGCGGCAGAUUCGGGAGGUGGGCUACCAGUUUGGUUCUGAGGUACGCUAGAGAAACCAGAGAGAUAUGCGCCAAGAAAGGACAAGUGCCCCAGGGCAGAAACUUGGUCACCUUCGCCGUCGGCCUGCUCGGCUCUGAAUCUCUCGAUGAACGCCGUGAUGCAGUCCGGCUGCUGGACAAGUUGGUGGUCAAGAAGGGGAGCGGCAAGACACAGCAGGAGGCACAAGAACUAGGACUAGGACUAGGACCCAAGCUGGUACCUGGCAAGGUCCCCCUUGAGAACCUUCUGGAAGCGCUCGAGGUGGGCGAUGUCCAGUCCAGGGAGCGUGCGGCGAGGGUGGUUGUGGCUGUCGCCAGCGACCUCCGCCACAACGAUUGGUGCUCCCCCGCAGCGCUGCAUCACAUAGCCUCACUGCUUGAAGUCUCCUCUCAACACAAGAGGAGACAUCAUGACCAAGCCUACAAUGACUAUGGUCAUCAUCAGCUGCAGCACACAACUACUACAGCAAGAACGACGACGGCGGCUGCGGAGGACAAGCAGGACAAGAGUAUAAAAAAGCGUACGAUCAGGGACGAAAGUAUGAUGAAACCGUUGAGUGAAGGGCCCAUAUACUGGAGCAUCCUACAUUAUCUCGCCAUCAACCGCAACCACAUAAGUAGUUUAAGUGAGAAGAUCAAGAAGAAGGAGCGCAUACGUAGUUUACGUGAGAAGAUCAAGAAGAAGGAGGAGGACGCGGAGGAGGAGGAGGAGGAAGAAGAAGAAGAAGAAGAAGAAGACAAACAAGAAGACGAUGACAUCUCUGCCUCUGCUCAACGAAAACCGCUCAUCACUCAAGGCCUACUUAUCAUUGAGAGGCUCGCCCUGCACCAAGGCAACCGUGUCCACAUAUGCAACAACCAUGUCCUGCUCUCAAGGCUCACAGUGCCACUAUACUCCCACGCUCUCCUUGAUGAGGAGUACGACAGUGAAUGGGUUGACAUGCUAGGCAGAUCACUAAGGAUCGUAGCCAGGCUGAUCAAGACUCCCGGAGAAGCCAGCAGAGGACUGCGCAACGAGAUCGCAAGCACCAAACAGGCUGUCCUUAACCUGACAGGAAUUCUGGAGGACAACAAGUUUUGCACACUACUCAAGACAGCUGCCAUUGAGAUCCUCGCAGAAUUGGCUCAACACAAAGACAAGUCUGUGACAAGCCUGGGCGAAGAUGACAUAAAGAAGUUCAUCAGCCAACUAUUGGGCAUCUUCUUUGCUCAAGUGGAUGACAGAAACACCAUUGAAGAAGAGGAACAGCGGGAGAAGGCUAGCAGAUUGAGGCAGACAGCAGGGGAAGCACUGGUACUGAUGCUCUCUGUGUGGGAUGCAGAUGCAGCUCCUCUGGAGAAGUUUAUACAAACUACUACUGGUUCCGAGCAAGUGCCGGCUGAAGAAGUGGACCAUGUUGUUGGCAAACUUAUUGACAUGGUAAAUAGUAAGCAUGAGUGCUCUCGAACAAGGGCGGCAGAAAUCCUGGCGUGCUUAUGUUCACACCUUACAGUGAACAGAGAACUUGCCAGCCAGUAUGUGAUCAAGAUGUUGAAAAAGGUUUUUCAACUGAUACUAAUAAUCCCAAGUGAAAGCGAAACAACAAACAAAUUGGAAAUGGAUUUGCAAGCGAUGAUAUCUUCCCCAGGAGAAACAAGCAUUGGCACUGGAAGGAUGGUCGAUGCGCAUGAUUUCGCCUGUGCCGCCCCAGAAGACAUGGCGUCGCUGGUGAAAAAGCUCAAGGACAUAAUAAAGACGAACAAUACAACCACAGUUGAGUGCCUGCAAACAGUGAAGCUUUCCUGCCAACUGGUUGUUUCAAUGGUGCGGCUCAAACCCAUAUGCAUCAAAGACUUCAUAGAAGACAAUUUCAUGGACGCGCUAUCUGAAUCUUACAAGAUAUUGUCAGAUCUUGAUAACUGCCUCGUGCUCUUUGAUGCCAAUUAUCUUCAGGUGACAAAGACUGAUAAGCCACUAGUUUCACUUGUGAAGCAAGCUCAGGAACUAUUGCCAAAGCACAAGAAAACAGGUGACGGCUGGAGCCUCGUUUCCAUUGUCUAA